AUGUCUAUUACAAAGAUUCACGCCAGAGAGAUCUUUGACUCCCGUGGAAAUCCCACUGUUGAGGUUGAUCUUUAUACUGCAAAAGGUCUCUUCAGAGCUGCUGUACCCAGUGGUGCAUCAACUGGUAUCUAUGAGGCUCUGGAGCUCUGGGACAGUGAUAAGACUAGGUAUCUGGGGAAAGGUGUCUCAAAGGCUGUUGAGCACAUCAAUAAAACUAUUGCGCCUGCCCUGAUUAGCAAGAAACUGAAUGUUGUGGAACAGGAGAAGAUUGACAAGCUAAUGAUUGAGAUGGAUGGAACUGAGAAUAAAUCAAAAUUUGGUGCCAAUGCCAUUCUGGGAGUGUCUCUUGCUGUCUGCAAGGCUGGAGCCAUUGAGAAGGGGGUCCCCCUGUAUCGGCACGUUGCUGACUUGGCUGGCAAUUCUGAAGUCAUUCUGCCAGUUCCCGCUUUCAAUGUCAUCAGCAGUGGCUCUCAUGCUGUCAACAAGCUGGCUAUGCAGGAGUUCAUGAUCCUCCUUGUCGGAGCAGCAAGCUUCAAAGAAGCCAUGCGCAUUGGGGCUGAGGUUUACCACAACCUAAAGAACGUCAUCAAGGACAAGUACGGCAAGGAUGCCACCAAUGUGGGGGAUGAAGGUGGCUUUGCCCCUAACAUCCUGGAGAACAAAGAAGCCCUGGAACUGCUGAAGACUGCGAUUGGGAAAGCUGGCUACACUGACAAGGUGGUGAUUGGCAUGGACGUUUCUGCCUCAGAGUUCUUCCGCUCUGGGAAGUACGACCCUGACUUUAAAUCUCCUGAUGACCCCAGCAGGUACAUCUCACCUGACCAGCUGGGAGACCUAUACAAGUCCUUCAUCAGGGACUACCCAGUGGUCCGGGCAUCUGAGCCUGAUGACUUUUCCUGGCAGCCGUCUAGAGCUGUCUGUGGUCGACUUCAGAACAGUAGCCACAUCUUGCUCUCCAGGGACCGCCUCUGA